UGAUAUGUAUGUUAUAGCGGAUGCUGUGGGUUCCUUUGUUCAGUGGCCAGCUCGGUUGGUGAUUUUUGAGGGGGAGGAACCACAAUUUCAACAAAAAAAAAAAGAGAUGAAGAAGAAGCAAACCCCAUUUGUUGAGAGAGAUCCUCCAAAAGUAACGGUUGCACCUUCUAUAUGCCCGUUAGUCAGUGAGAGCAUACUUGAUACUCUUACAGAUGAUGUUUUGGAGUUGCACGAGGCAUUGCAGUGGUUUGAACUUGAAAAUUGUAAGUUCUCUGUCCAUCUUUCUACAGAUGUGUUCUGUUUUCAGGAAGAUCGUCCGUUUGGGGCUACAAUUGAUCGUGAUGAGUUGUCUCGGUUUCUUGAGGGGGACUCACUUGAGAUUUGUAUCAUUCAGACUUUCAUGGUUUGUUUAAAAGAAAAGCUAGUUGAGCUUGGCCGUGACGACAUUGGCUUUUUGUGCCCUCACCUGUGCUCUUCUGAACAUUAUAAAUUGGACAAAAAGGGCACAAUGACUUACUUGAAACAUGCUUUGAUAAAGUCCUUUGAAAAGUCAUUCAUUUUCCUUCCAUACCAUGAAGGGUAAAACAUAUACAAUAUAUUUCCAUUGAAAUAAUUCUUGUGAUACGUUAUUUAUUUAUUGUGUUAUUUUAUACAAUAUAGGUAUCAUUGGAUUCUACUUGUCAUUUGCCCUAUGAUCGAUAAGGGAUAUAUUUUUGAUUCCAUUUCGAGUUCUAGCAUUAGUAUUCAAAGAGACUUGACAACGUUAGUAUUAUAUAUUUGUUUGAAUAAACUUAAUUUACAUAUUAAUAUGUUUUAAUAUUAUGAUCGAUAAGGGAUAUAUGUUUGUUUGAAUUUGUAGAAUGUACAGGGUUGCAUCUGCACAAAAAUGGAAUAGUGUGAAG